AAUGGUGCGCCGGCGCCAGAUACAGAUGAAGAUAAACUGCAAAACUCUGCUGAUAAUGGCGAUAAGUCUGGUGAUGACAGUGAAGAAAAGGAUGACAGUGAAGAAAAGGAGGAAACGAUGGACCCGCAUAUCAGAGAUCUUCUUACGGAAAUUGACAAUCAUGCGUUAGAAGAGUUUCAGUACCGAUUUGACCAAGCACAAAAAGGAGUAUCAGAUGACAAGGAGGCAACUAAUCUGCUACAAAAAGUGAGUGUCUUUGUAAUUUUCCAUUGUAAUCCGUAA